AUGGAUAAAGAUGGGAAUGACGACAUCAUUUUCGGAGGAAGUGUACAAGACAUUAGUUAAACAUUGCCUUUAGUCGGAUAUUUUUAAACUGAAAGUUCCAAUGUACACGUUAAAUGGGUGUUCUCAUAUAAGGAUGCCAACAUACCUAGUCUAACUUUUAUAGAAUAUGUUUCAGCUAUAAGAAUAAAAAAUAAUCAAGUUUUCGCCUUGAUGAUAACUAAAAACAGAUAUAGCGUAUUAACAAUUCUUGACGUAAAAACUGGUAAUGCCACCAAAUCUUUGAAACUAAAUGGACAUAUGCAUUCAUGA